AUGGAUCCCACCGGCUACACGCCACUACCAUUUUCUCAGCCCCAACCCACCACGGAUGUCAGCACUAGUAGUACAUCGACCACAGACGCGCCGAAGGCUCCAUCACAUUCCCAUAUCCGCAGUUGUACCUUUUGCCGAUAUCGAAAAAUCAGAUGUGACCGCCAAAAACCCUGCACUGGCUGUGUACGCGCUGGUAAUGAGUGUGUCUAUCCCCCGGGUCCCGGGAGGGCGCCCAAGCGACCACGACGAGCUCUCGACGCGCGGGUGCUGGACCGACUAUCUCGUCUGGAAACCCUGAUCAAGCGCCUGGAGGGUGAGGUCGAGACCGGCAAGCCCUCAACAGCAACGCCACAGUCAGGAACUUCGGCAACGACGCCGCCGGCACAGCAGUCGGAUGACGGAUCGAUCUCGGCGGAACAACUGGGCCGACUGGUCAUUGAUAACACGCGGAGUUGUUACGUGAGCAAUAUUCUGUGGGCAAGCCUGGGUGAUGAGAUCGAAGAACUGCGCGACUUGUUGCAUGAUCCGGGUUCGGAUGAUGACGAGAACGACACCUCUUCUGGGGCGCAGACGGAGGAAUCAAUUUCAGAACCAGAAAUCUCUUUGGGAUGCAACGCCGCAAUCCUGGGGUUUCAGGCGCUGGUGCAUUCCUUACACGCCUACCAUCCACCUCUACCCCAGUCUGUGGCCCUGUUGGAGAUCUUCAAGGAGAAUGUGGUGCCGUUGGUGCACAUUUUUCACAUGCCAACGAUGAUCCACAUCUACUGGGAUGCAGUCGCUAUGCCAGAAGCGCGGGAUCGUAAUGCAGAGGCGUUACUCUUUGCCAUCUACUACUCCACCAUAAUCAGUAUGGAGCCAGAGCAGUGUUCUACUACUCUGGGUGUAUCGCGGGCCUACGCACUGAAGCACUAUCAGUUUGCGGUCGAGCAAGCUCUAGCGCGUGCGGAUCUGCUGAAUACGCAGAGCAUGAUACUUCUACAGGCGGUGGUCCUGUUUCUAUCGGCAUUACGGAACGAAGACGCGUCUCGAACUGUCUGGUCCCUCACCGCGCUCGUCUUUCAUAUCGCCAAGGCCAUGGGCCUGCACCGUGAUGGUGCAGCGUUUAGUCUUCGGCCGCUGGAGACUGAGCUCCGACGGCGUCUCUGGUGGCAUAUCUGCUUACUGGAUAUUCGGUCGUCAGAGUACCACGGGUGUGAGCCCAUUGUGCAUGAGUCCAUGUUCGACACACGACUGCCGCUGAACAUUAACGACGGGGAUCUGACCGCAGAGAUGGCUGAGCCGCCAGCCGAGCGCGAGGAAGCGACUGAGAUGACCUUUUGCCUCAUUCGCUGUGAGGUGAUGCGCAUCAUGUGGAAGACAUCCUACGUCUCCCUCAGCUUCCGGCGCACGGGUCAGCCGUCUGAAGAGCUCUCCCUAGAGGCACGCGCGGAACUGGCCCGGGCGCUCCAAGAGCGAUUGGAAGACCGCUACCUCAAGCACUGCGACACCACCAUCCCGUUCCUUCAUGUGUGCGUGACCGUCGCACGGCUGAUCAUUGCUCGCACCUGGCUGGUUGUCUAUUACCCACUGUGCCAGAAGCAGAGCGGGUCAGAUUUACCCACCAGUAUCCGCGAUCGCCUGUUCCUCACGUCCAUCAAGGUACUCGAGUUGUCCAGCCUGCUGCUGACCAAUUCCGACAUCGCCCGCUGGACCUGGCAUUCAAAGACCCAUAUUCAAUGGCAUGCGGUGGCUUUGGUGCUCUCAGAGAUCUGUUCCCGACCGCCGUCGGCCGACUGCGAUCGCGCGUGGGAGUAUGUCCAGACCGUCUACGGCCGGUGGAAGAUGAAGGGACAUAAGGGCACGCUCUGGCGACCCAUCAAGCGUCUGAUGGCCAAAGCACAGUAUGUGCGCGAGAUGCAAAAGAUCGACGGUCGGGCAACCAAACGACACUGGUGCGUGGCAAGGAUGCCUCCUCCACAUUUGGGCCUCCCAACUCCCGACUAUAGCGCGGGACACAUUCCGAGCUCAAGUGCGGCUGGAACCCCUGGAACCGCCAGCCGAGGCACUCCCUUCGUUUCUCAUGGGGACAGUGUCCUCACGAUGGAGCCGUUGGAUCCGUUUUGCCACAUGUUCUUCCCACCGGAUGGAUACAUUGAUCCGCCGGAUAUCGACUAUGCCUUGGCGAACUGGAUCGAUAGUCCUAACGAGAGGAAUACUUUAAUAAAUGGAUUUGAUUAA